CCGGAAACUGUUCCUGCGACGUCAUUUCCGGUUUUUAGUUCCUCCAAUCAUUUUGGUCUGAAUUCGUCGGCGGUCCUCAUUCAAAACAGUCACCCAGCCCACUACCGCACGAUUAUCUCCGACAAAGAAGCUUUCCACUUCACGCAGGCGCUGCUUUCCACAAUGGCAGACGGGGAGGAUGCGGAAUGGGAGCUCUGCAAAGAGAACAUUAAGCCCCUGAGACGAGGAAGGAACAUGUCAGCUUUGCUGGAGGCGCUCAGUCAAACUAAAGAUGGCCCAAGCACUUCCAUCCUCCAACAGAAACAGGCUUUUGAGAAGGAAUUGUGGCUGUACGAUGGAGAUGAUCCACUUGAUGUUUGGGAUCGGUACAUCAAAUGGUCUGAGCAAAUGUUUCCACAGGGAGGAAAGGACAGCAACCUGAGCAAACUGUUGGAACAAGCUGUCACCCGAUUCACAGAUGAAGAGAAGUAUCACAAUGAUCCUCGCUACGUUGACCUCUGGAUCAAAUACGCCCGGUGCUUUUUGGAACGCUUGGACUUUUACAGGUACAUGCAAGCUCAAGGUAUAGGGACUACCAGGGCCGCCUUCUACAUUGCCUGGUCAGAGGAGUAUGAAAACCGUGGCGACUUCCUCAAAGCUGACAUGAUCUACCAGGAAGGACUCAAGAUGUUUGCCCAGCCUAUCGACAAACUUCAGCAGUUUCACAAGAUGCUGCUGUCUCGUGUGUCCCGGCAGGUGAUACAAAAAUUCAGUGAGACUGACAGUGAUUCCGAGCUCGAACAACCUGGGAGAGUCUCUCUUGCCGAACUCAAAACCAGAGGAAAGAAGGCCGUCGUGCCUAAAAACAGAAUUGGACCCGCAAUAAAAAGUGUCUCAAAGGGACUGAGUUUACGUGUCCCAACCGUUGGCGAAAGCAGCAGCAAUAGUAAGCUGGUGGUCUAUGAUGAGAACAAGGCAGAUGCCGCUCCUUCGGAAACUAAAUUUGAGCCUUGGUUGGCUCCCCCUCCUGCUAAGGCAAAAGAAAAUGAGAAGGUUGUGGAAAAAUGGUGUGAUGUGAAGAUGCGCCAGAAGUCCAGAUUUGGAAACACAAUUAUGGCUCCUCCUCCUACUUUGAAACCCACUUUCCAACCAUAUGUUGAGGAGUCAGAUGAUCUUCCAAAAAUGACGCCGUGCAAGAUCUACCCGACGGUGAACAACGUUUUAUCAGCACGCAAGCCCUGCAGAGAAGACACUCCUCUGAAAAAACUGCUGGAGCACAAACAGAGACAGAAAGAAGCCGAAUCGGGCAAAGAGCUGGAAAAGAGCAUGUACUGCAAAGAGCUUCUCUUUAGCGGCACCACCGAAUUUUCCUUAGAGGAGUUACGUGCUGAGCUCUACUCCCAGACAAAGAAGAAUUCAGAGGCGGGCAGCUGCCCUGACAACCCGCCAAGUGACCCGGAGACAAACUGACAAGGCAAAAGUUUCAUUAGAUACACCUUCAAAUUCCGAUGUAUCAAAAGUCAACAUAGUAAUUGCUGCUCAUCCACUGAAGUUACAAAAUACCGAAAAGAAAGUAAUGACUAAUAUUUGUGAAAUAUUUCACAAACGACUCACUCGUACUUGAUACAAACCAAUACAAGCGCUGUAUCAGAAAUCACAAUCAAGCUUAGUUAAUUUUUAACAAUAUGUUUAUUAUUAAUGGCGCCACGGUACUGUGCUCUCUCUCGUAGUUGUUGUUGCGUUUUUCUUAGUUUCUUGCAUUGAACAAAGAGAGCAUGGUCUACCAAGUCAUUUUUUUUGUGUGUUAAACAUACUUGGCCAAUAAAUCAGAUUCUUACUACUGACUUUGUGGCUUGUAGAAGCGUGUUUCUAAAAUUGUGCCUGUCUCAAGUAAUUUAAUACAUUUACCAAGAUAUUAGAAGCCUCUCUUGGUAUGAUGUUGUUUGACAAUGACAAUAAUAAACAUUAUAGUUAAUCCUCUUUGACAGUGUCAUUAAAAAAAAGAAAAUAAUUUUAAUCGCGAAGGCAGCAUUUUUUUUUAAACAUAUGCUGGUGUACCUUAUGAUAUAUCCCAUUCACAUUGAAAAUCCACUUGGGUCCUUUUUAUGCAGUGCUUCUCAAAUAGUGGGGCGGGUGCUCCUGGAUACGGGGAUGGGGGUCAUGCUUUAUCAGUAUCAUACUUCAAACCCUACUUUUAAAAAAUGCACUACAAAACUCUUUGAAGCCAUUAAUCCUGACCUUGUCAUUUGAUAAAAAAAAAAAAAUCAGCACAAAUUGUUUUAUUCAUUUUUGUGUUGUAGUGUAGAAAAUAGAGAAGCACUGCAUUAAAGUAUAACGUCACUUAUACAUCACUUGUAUUCGUUAAGUUAA